AUGGGCAGCGGUGGAGGCGCCAACAUACCAACAUUUGGCGGCUUUGGUGGAAACAACAGCAGCAGUGGCUCAACGCCAAAUGGUGCGCCACCCUCUGGUAACAUUGUAAAUAACAGGCUGGUGUUCAACCUGUCGACCAGCUUCGAUUUGAACGACCCGAGCGAUGAGUCGGGCUCCGACUCGACGUCCAAAGAAGACGACGACACCCCUGGCUCCACCAACGUGCCACCCCUGGAGCAUGUGUUUGUGGACGCCGCUGCCGGCCUUAGUAAUAAUCAACCGUUCAGCGCAUUAUUCACCAAGAGUCUCCAGAAGAUCUACAUGAAUCCAUCGUUGCGCACACUAAGUCUGGCGAACAUUGGUCGUGGCGAGAUCAUGAUGCUGCUCGGUUGCUUUGCAAAGAACUCGGCAAUCACCUCGCUCAACCUAUCCAACAAUGCUCUGGGCGACCAAGGUGCCGCGCUGCUCAGCACGGCACUCAUGAGCAACAGGAGUCUGCUCACGAUCAAUAUCGACUCCAACGACAUGACCAACGUCGGUUGGAACCACAUUCUGACGGCCCUCACCGAGAUUGGCAAGUCUAUCAUCAAGGAGUCACCAUCCAUCCCACUGACAACUUGGCUACCACGUCUGCACUCGAUGGUAUAUCCACGACACGACUUUGAGCGACUGAUCGUUGCCACAGACAGCACUACCCGCCGUAUGGAUUACUAUAUUCUGUUGGCUCGCCUCAACACGGCGCUGGUCAACAAUGGCAACCUGUACUACAAUGAUACCCGCAAGUACCAUCCGAACCGCCUGCCUCUUGGCUUUACACAUGGCACCAGGCCCGAGACCUUCUUCCCACCUACACCCACCGUGCUUUAUCCACGCACUGCCAUGCCGGCAGAUGUACUGGCAUCUCUCAAGAUCAAGAUUGAACCGCCACGCAACGUACAGACGAACAACGCAAUCUCGACUAUCGCGCACUUCCUCAAGGGCAGACCCAAGCCCAGCACCUCGCCACUCGCCAACUCGUCCAGCUCCUCGUUGUCGGCCUCUAAACGGGCUGGCAACAAAGAGACUGGGGCCUCUGACGAGUCACCGAGUGUCUCGCCAAAUCCCAAAUCCCAUGCCAAUGAGAGGACUUCGCCAGUGCCCUUCAAACUGGGCACCAGCAGCUCGCCAAACACCCUGACUCCCAACACCAUCUCGCCAAUCUUUGUCACGCCAAUGACCAUCUCACCCAACACACUGUCGCCACUCUCCAUCGUCUCGAGACCCAAGAGCAUGGCCUAUCCUCUCAUCUCACUCCACACCCCAGAUCCCAACUCGACAACAUCAUCCACAUCGACAUCAACGACUACCACAACCCUUGGAGUGACGAGCAACAAUGUUGGACUGGGUCGCACCGAGAGAAAGAUGCAGCUCAACUACACGCCCGUGACAGAGGAGCAAGUGUUUGACGCCAUCGCCAACCUAGAGACAGCAACCACCUACUGUCUAAGCAGCUGCUCGCCAACACCACCCAAGUCACCACGAACGGUGACCGCAGGCAACGUCGUACUAAACAUCAGUGCCUCGCCAUCAGACGACGAGUCAUCACCUACCAAACCUGGCGAUCAUGACAAUGGACGCAAACAAGCAGUACUACAAACAUUGCAAGCACCAGUAUUCACCAGGACGCGCAGCCAGAGUAUGAUUGAGGCGACCAGCCUCCAUCACUCAACCACCUCUUCAGACCAAGUGCAAUCAUCAUCCACCUCAUCACUCUCAUCACUAGAGUGA